CUGCAUGGGUGAAAUGAAUACAAAAGAGAGGAUUGAGAGAGAUAGAGAUAGAGAGAGAGAGAGAUGGGAAGAGCCCCUUGCUGUUCUAAAGAAGGGUUGAAGAAAGGCCCCUGGUCUACCAAAGAGGAUUCCCUUCUCACCAAUUACAUUCAACAACAUGGUGAAGGCCAAUGGAGAGCUCUGCCCAAAAAAGCUGGGCUGCUUAGGUGUGGAAAGAGCUGCAGGCUAAGAUGGAUGAACUAUCUGAGGCCAGGGAUCAAACGGGGGAACUUUACCACCGACGAGGAGGAUCUGAUCGUACGGCUCCAUUCUCUUCUCGGAAACCGGUGGUCCCUCAUCGCCGGAAGGCUCCCCGGCCGGACCGACAACGAGAUUAAGAACUACUGGAACACACAUCUGGUCAAGAAGCUCAAGAGCUCCGGCGUCGAGCCCAAACCCGGGAUCGGGAAACCCAUCAAAGAUUCCGGGAAAAGGCCCAAGAAACCGGCACACAAGAAGAAGAAUAAGAAGCAGAUCAAGAAAUCGGGAGGCGGCGUCAAGGAGGAACGCGCGGAGGAGAAGCCGCACAAAGUGUACGCUCCGAAGCCGAUCCGGCCGUCGGUUUCGCUGUCGAGGAACAGCAGCCUCGACGACCUCUCCGGAAGCGUGUCGUCCUGUUCCGGGGAGAACGGAGGUGCGGCGGCGGCGGCGGCGUUGGCCCAUUUCAUUCCGUGGCAUAUGUAUGAGCUGCGGGACGGGUUCUGCGACGAAAUCCUCAACGGCUGUGAGGGUUCGCCGGCGGCGGCGCAUUGUGAUGUUUCCGGCAACGAUGGAAUGCUAGAUAAGGUGUAUGAUGAGUAUCUCCAGCUUCUUUCUGAGAAUUCAUUUCUUGAAGACGAUCUGUUGGGUUCGGAUCUGUAGCGGGCCGGUUUCGGGCUUUGGAUUCAUUCAUUCAGCCACGCCGGGUCUUUGUUUGUAUAAUACUCCCUCCUAGCUAGUCAGGACUCCGUAUUUUUUGUCUUAUUUCAACAAGUCAACAAGAACAAAAAACCAAUUCUGUGGUA